UAAUCCAGCAAUCAGAGUUUGGAAGCUAUGGACGUGUCCUGAAACCAUGCAGUUUGAGACAUAACAGUGACAGAAAGGAUUAUUGGAGCUAAAUGAGUUAAGUAUGACAUGGGUUUCCAAGAAACAUUUGAAACAAAGCAGAUGAUUAUAUUUAUUGAUGUUGCACAGUUAAAGGUGUGAACCUUAGGGUGAUCUUCUAAGUCCUCCUCUUCAUCUCUGUCUUUCAGGAAAGUCUUCAGGCCAGUUGUUGUAAUCUGUACUUGGGCAAGAUGUUAUUUAGGUUUUAGAGCUGCAAUUACACAACUGCUGUUCAAAGUUUGGAAAGUAGUUAAGGAUUGAGCGAAUUGAACUUUCACUUAGGAUUGAAGGAGCAGCCAUGUGUGAAAGCCAAGGUUGUUUGGUGUUGGUAAUCCCUUGUCAAGCAUGUUACUGCUUUUUUGGCCUCUCUGCCUUUGCCUUCCACAGCAGUGAUUUAUAUGGGAACUGUAAAGUUUUUCAAAAUGAUUUAUUGUAGUUACUUGAAAUAGUGUAAAUCUGGAAAUUUGUCCAUAAACAGAAUUCUUAUAGAUUUUUGCCACCGUGGUUUUUCUAAUGCAUAAAGAAAUGCUGAAGUGGUUGUUUUGUUUUCAGACAAUAAAGAAGUACUGAUUAUAUAUUUUUACUUAUUUUUAUCUUUAAGAAAAAUUUGGAAUUUCAGUCAUUAGUAUUCUGAACUGUAAGGGUUUAUCUGCUUUGACAUUGUUUGCAUUGUAGAGAAGUAAGAAAGAACUUGAACAUCCCAAACCUGUCCCCUUCAGCUAUUAAAAGUUCAUUUCAGUGUGUUAACUGGCCAGGAGUAGUCAGCUUAACUUUAAUUAUAUGUAUUUUGGGAUGUGUAUGUGUAUAUGUAUGUUCAGCUGAUGAAUUUUUUUUACUGUCAUUUGUAACUGUAGAUAGAAAAAUGCACGUCCUGGUUUUAAAUGCUGAGAUCAAUAUCACAUAGAAAUUAUCAAGGUACUUAAAAAUUAUGUCAGAGGAUGUUAGUUAACCAUUUAGUGUCAGUCUGUGGUCCUCUGUUUCUUUUGCUACAGUUGAUUGUGUUGAUGUUGAAGAAGAGAACACCUUUUGCCACACUGUUAUGUCACUUGACCAAAUAUGUGGAUGGUAAUUAGAACAAAGGUUCAGCUCUGCAUGCUGGGCUGGAUCUGCUGUCCGUUAAAAGGAGUGAGACACUUUCAGUUGACUUUAGGUUAUUAUCAGAUAAGGUCUGGAAAUGUUAAAGAUGGUUCUUUGGUGGCUUGUGCAUUUUCUCCCAAUGGAAAUUUCUUUGUCACUGGAUCAUCAAGUGGUGAUUUAACCAUUUGGGAUGAUAAAAUGAGAUGCCUGUAUAAUGAAAAAGCACAUGAUCUUGGUGUUACCUGCUGUGAUAUUUCUUCAAAUCCAGUAUCUGUUUUAUCAGAUAUUGAAAAUGGAUUCAAAUACUUCCAGAUGGCUUCUUGUGGACAAGAUAAUCAGAUCAAGCUUUGGCUUAUUUUAUUUGCAGAUUUCUUAGGUGUUGAAUUAAAAUAUAAAUGCACAUUGAAUGGACAUUCUGCCCCAGUUCUGGCUUGUGCAUUUUCAUACGAUGGGCAGAUGUUGGUGUCGGGGUCUGUGGACAAGUGUGUCAUAAUCUAUGAAACUAGUACUGGCAAUACCCUUCGUACUUUGUCUCAGCAUACCAGAUAUGUUACAACUUGUGCUUUUGCACCACAUAGUCACUUACUUGCCACGGGCUCAAUGGAUAAAACUGUGCACAUAUGGCAGUUGGACCUGAAGCAACCCUCUGCAGGAAAUAUUGUAGAAACUGAAUCUAAGGUGGCUGUUGAGGACUGGUCAGAGGAUGAUGUUUCAGCCUGGCUCUGUGCACAAGAUUUAGCAGACUUUGUUGGGCUUUUCAAAAUGAAUAAUAUUGAUGGCAAGGAGCUACUGAAUCUUACUAAGGAAGGUCUUGCUAAUGAAUUAAAAAUCGAGUCUCUAGGCCUGCGCAGUAAAAUUCUCCAGAAGAUUGAAGAACUGAGGAUGACAAUGAUCUCAGUUUCUGUUCCUGUCCCUGAUGAGUUCCUGUGUCCUAUAACAAGGGAGCUUAUGAAGGAUCCUGUCAUUGCAGCGGAUGGCUAUUCCUAUGAAAGGGAAGCAAUGGAACACUGGAUCAGCAAUAAGAGACGAUCUAGUCCCAUGACCAAUCUUCCCCUCCACUCCCUUAUGCUCACACCAAACAGGACACUAAAAAUGGCCAUCACUCGCUGGCUGGAGACUCAGCAGAAAUGUUAAACCCCUUUGGAAUUCUGUGUAGCUAAAGGAACUAACUGUAUCAGGAACAACUGGGAAAAAAAGUUCUAUUUCUGGUCUAAUCUGUGGCUGUUUCAAAGAAAACCUUCACUGGUGGAAGCUCCCAGAAGAACUUUUUAAAGUUAUUGGUUAUUUUUCCUUUGUGGUAUUUCUGUUCAAGAAAUGAAGUAAUAACAGUUUUUCAAAUAAAGUUUUCUUAAAAUUUUCACUACA